GCAAGACUAUGGCUCAAGCCUACCGCGAUGCGCUCGAGCGCACCGUCCAAGAGCUCAAAUCAAGGCGCGACGAGAAACGACUACAUGCCGCCGAGACGCUGCUACACGAAGUUGAAGCCGCGCAUAGAGGUGAGGCUGCACCGUCCACUCCGGCUGACCCGCGUCCGCCACANGAACUGUCGGCCGCCCAAUUUACUCCCUACUACGUCGAGGUCAACAAACGCAUCGCCGAACUCAUCCAGAAUGGCGCUGAUACGCAUGAACGGACCGGCGGUCUCUACGCACUUUCGCAGCUUAUCGACUUCAAGGGCGAUGAUGCCGCUCAAAAGACGACGCGCUUCCAUACCGUUCUCCGCAAGGUCAUGACUGGCAACGAUACAGCUGCCAUGGUUGUCGCUGCAAAGACUCUCGGCCAUCUUGUCUCGCCUGGAGGAACCCUCACCGCCGAACUGGUUGAUGCUGAAGUCAAGGUCGCCCUCGAGUGGCUGCAGAUCGAACGAAACGAGAACCGCCGAUUCUCAGCUGUCUUGAACUUGUACGAACUUGCAAAGAGCUCNCCCACCCUCUUGCACGUAUGGAUACCCGACAUAUUCGAAGUCAUCUGGGUCGCUCUACGCGAUCCAAAGGUCAUGAUCCGCGAGUCGGCCGCCAACACCAUAAGCCAAUGUUUCGAAAUCCUCAUGGCCAGAGAUCCUCAAGCACGCCAGAAAUGGUUGACAAGAACAUAUGAAGAGAUAGAUAAAGGCUUUCAGCACAACACGGUCGAGGCCAUUCACGGUUCCCUGCUUGCUCUGAAGGAACUUCUGCAGAAGGGCGGCAUGUUCAUGCACGGUCCCCGCUACAAGGAAGCUUGCGAGCGCAUCUUAUCAUACCGUGAACAUCGUGACCCUCUCAUCCGCCGUGAGGUCGUCUACAUCAUACCUAUCCUGGCCAGAUACGCACCGAAAGAGUUCUGUAAUGGCUACAUCCAUCGCUCCAUGUCACAUCUUCAAGGCCUCCUCAAGUCUCCCAAGGAUCGAAACCUGUCAUUCAUUGCCAUCGGAAACGUCGCAAAUGCCGUAGGCAGCCAGAUCGCUCCUUACCUUGACAAUAUUCUCCUCCAUAUUCGAGAAGCCCUCAGCGUCAAGGCACGUAUCAAAAACACUGAUGAAGCUCCCAUCUUCAAGUGUAUCAGCAUGAUUUCGAUAGCUGUCGGUCAAACUCUGAGCAAGUAUAUGGAAGCCUUACUCGACCCGAUCUUUGCCUGUGGCCUGAGCGAUGCCCUUACACAAGCACUCGUUGACAUGGCUCACUACAUUCCUCCCGUCAAGCCAAUAAUCCAGGAGAAGCUGCUUGAUUUGCUGAGCAUGACUCUGUGCGGCAAGCCUUUUGUUCUACCAGGUCACCCUAGUCACAGCACGCCUUUGCCCCGAAUCUAUACCAGAGAAGUCAGAGAUCAAAAUGAUCCUCAACACGUUGAACACAAGGAGCAGCAGAUUGCUCUAGCUCUCUACACUCUAGGCAGUUUUGACUUCUCCGGCCACGUUCUCAACGAGUUUGUGAGAGAUGUUGCAAUUCGUUAUGUUGAAGACGACGAUGCCGAGAUCCGCAAGGCAGCUGCGUUAACCUGUUGUCAAUUGUUUGUUAGAGACCCAAUUGUCUACCAGACCAGUCACUACUCAAUACAAGUAGUCAGCGACGUGAUUGAGAAGCUUCUGACUGUUGGAGUCGCUGAUCCAGAAGCUGAGAUUCGAAGAACAGUCCUGGCCUCACUGGAUGCGCGCUUUGACCGUCAUCUUGCGAAGGCUGAGAAUGUUCGCACCCUCUUUCUCGCACUAAACGACGAGAUUUUCGGCAUUCGGGAAGCUGCAAUGACCAUUAUUGGCCGUCUCACUGCUGUCAACCCGGCUUACAUCUUUCCCUCUCUGCGCAAGGUAUUGAUUCAGUUAUUGACUGAAAUUGAAUACUCGAAUAAUGUCAGAAACAAGGAGGAGAGUGCACGAUUGAUCAGUCACCUCGUUGGCUCAUCUUCAAAGCUGAUUAAGCCAUAUGUUGACCCUAUGAUUACCGUGCUCUUGCCGAAAGCUCAAGACCCUAAUCCCGAUGUGGCGUCCGCUACUUUGAAGGCAAUAGGUGAUCUAGCCACCGUUGGCGGUGAUGAGAUGGUGAAGUACGUUCCUGAGUUGAUGAAAGUCAUCAUUGAAAGUCUUCAAGAUUUGAGCUCAGCCGGUAAACGACGAGCAGCUUUGCGAACGCUUGGACAGCUAGCCAGUAACUCAGGCUACGUAAUCGAUCCCUAUGUGGAACACCCUGAGCUUCUGUCGAUCCUGGUACAGAUUGUCAAGAAUGAGCCGCCAGGCGAAUUGCGCAAAGAGACUAUUCGACUAAUGGGUAUUCUUGGUGCUCUGGACCCGUACAGGCAUCAGGUCAUGGAGCAGUCCUCCGAGAACCAUCUCGUCACCGACUCACAAACUGUCACCGAUGUUGGUCUUAUCAUGCAAGGAACCACUCCUUCGAAUGAGGAAUACUACCCUACAGUCGUCAUAAACACUCUGCUGGACUUGCUCAAGGAGCCCACUCUCGCGCAACAUCAUGCUGCCGUGGUUGAAGCUGUCAUGAGUAUCUACAGAACAAUGCGCCUGAAGUGUGUCAACUUCCUUGGCCUGGUGGUUCCAGGUAUUCUUCUGGUUAUCCGCACCUCACCGGCAGGUAAUAUCGAAAAGUACUUCAACAAUCUCAGCGAGCUGGUAGAGAUCGUUCGACAACACAUCAGACCCUACUUGCCAGAAAUUCUCGCAACAGUGCAAGAUUUCUGGGCAGACAAUUCACCUUACCAGGCGACAAUGCUUGCACUUAUCGAGUCGAUUGCACAAUCUCUUGAGGGCGAGUUCAAGAUAUACCUGGCUAAUGUGCUUCCUCUGAUGCUUGGUGUACUUGAUCACGACGUCACAUCUAGACGUCUGCCAUCCGAACGAGUAUUGCAUGCUUUCCUUGUCUUUGGUUCGAGUGCAGAGGAGUAUAUGCAUUUGAUCAUUCCUGUCAUUGUUCGCAUGUUCGAAAAGCCAGGCCAGCCAACGCACAUCCGCAAACUCGCGAUCGAGACUAUUGGAAAGCUUUCAAGACACGUCAAUAUCUCCGAAUUCGCUGCCAAGAUUAUCCAUCCUCUUUCGCGAGUGUUGGCUGGUCAAGAGACUGGACUCAAGCAGACUGCUUUGGAUACCCUGUGUGCUCUCAUCUUCCAGCUCGGUCCUGACUACAUUCACUUCAUACCAACCAUCAACAAGAUUUUAGUGACCCACAAGGUCCCUCAAACCAAUUACGCCUUAAUCGUCAGCAAGUUGCANAAGGGUGAGCCGUUACCACAGGACUUGAGUCCUGACGAACGAUACAAGACUUCCGCCUCAGAAGAAGUACAAAGGGGUGUUGACAACCGCAAGCUAGCAGUCAACCAGCAACAUCUCAAGAUUGCUUGGGCUGCUAAUGCCAAAUCCACAAAAGAAGAUUGGCAGGAAUGGAUGAGACGAUUCAGUUUGGAACUGCUCAAAGAGUCGCCCCAGAAUGCCUUGAGAUCAUGCUCGCAACUGGCCAGUUCUUAUCCUCCUCUGGCAAGACAGCUCUUCAACUCUGCGUUUGUGUCAUGUUGGACUGAGCUGUACGACCACUACCAGGAAUCCUUGGUCCGCUCCAUCGAGACCGCUCUGACCUCACCGCACAUUCCUCCUGAGAUUUUGCAAGUACUUUUGAAUCUUGCCGAGUUCAUGGAACAUGACGACAAAGCACUGCCAAUCGAUGUUCGUACUCUCGGUAUGUACGCCGGCAAGUGUCACGCAUUCGCAAAAGCACUUCACUACAAAGAACUCGAGUUCAACGCCGAGCAAAAUGCCAGCAAUGUUGAGGCUCUGAUCAGUAUCAACAACCAACUCCAACAAACUGAUGCCGCCUUCGGUAUCUUGCGUAAGGCACAAGGUUACGUGGACGUCCAGAUGAAGGAGACUUGGUUCGAGAAGUUGCAACGUUGGGAAGAGGCAUUGACAGCCUAUCAACGCCGUGAACGUGAUGAACCAGAUUCGUUCGAGGUCAUCAUGGGUAAGAUGCGCUGUCUUCACGCUCUUGGUGAGUGGGAAGUGCUUUCCUCACUUGCUCAAGAGAAGUGGAUGCAUGCAUCUUCAGAGAAUCGUAAAUCUAUUGCUGCUCUAGCUGCCGCUGCGGCUUGGGGUAUGGGUCAGUGGGAGCUCAUGGAUGGCUACCUAUCUGUCAUGAAAUUACAUUCGCCCGAUCGAUCCUUCUUUGGCGCCAUUCUCUCGAUUCAUCGCAAUCAGUUUGACGAUGCACAACUUCACAUCAACAAAGCAAGAGAGGGACUGGACACCGAACUCAGUGCACUCCUCGGCGAGUCAUACACGAGAGCGUACAGCGUCAUCGUUCGCGUGCAAAUGCUUGCCGAGUUGGAGGAAAUCAUUGCAUACAAACAAAGCUCUAGUGAUCCUCACAAACAGGAGCGUAUGCGCCUGACCUGGACGAAGCGUCUCAAGGGUUGCCAAAAGAACGUCGAAGUUUGGCAGAGAAUGCUCAAGGUGCGUGCCUUGGUCAUCUCACCUCCCGAGAACGCAGAGAUGUACAUCAAAUUUGCAAGCAUUUGCAGAAAGGCACAAAGAAAUGGUUUGGCUGAGAAGUCGCUCAACUCCCUUCUUGGUUGGCAAGGUAGUCUCAUGACACCAGAAGGCCAGGAGCGCACUCUGCAUGCACCUUAUCCUGUCCAGUAUGCUGUUUACAAGUACAUGUGGUCGAACGGAUACUCCUCAGGCGCCUUGACAGGUCUGAGAGACUUCACAGAAAGAUUGCGUAUGGAUUACGAACAGCGAACACUGGCUGUAACAAAUCCUGGCACCAACGGCAUGAAUGGCAUGAACGGUACCAAUGGUGUCAACGGCACACAGUUCCCGGCAGCUGGUGUCAGCCCUCAGGUUUCUGAGAAGGACGUGGCUCAGUUGGCCGACUGGCAGAAGUUGCUUGCCAGAUGUUAUCUCAAGCAAGGUGACUGGCUCAGUCUGCAGAUGCGCGGAGAGUGGGAUGCUCACCGAGUACACGAGAUAAGGUCCUCGUACAAGGCAGCUACCCACUACAACCAAGAUUGGUACAAAGCAUGGCACGCUUGGGCGCUGGCAAACUUCGAAGUCGUCACCGCACUUACAGCAAACAAGGACAGAGGAGAGGCAGACGGCAUGCAAAGAAGAUACAUCCACGACUAUGUUGUUCCUGCCAUUCAAGGAUUCUUCAAGUCGAUCGCACUUUCCUCUUCAAGCUCAUUACAAGAUACUCUACGUCUUCUGACCUUGUGGUUCAAUCAUGGUGAGCAUCAAGAGGUUACCUCGGCAGUCACACAAGGUGUGACUACUGUCAGUAUCGACACAUGGCUUGAAGUCAUUCCUCAGCUCAUCGCUCGUAUCAAUCAACCGAACAGACUGGUCAAAGACUCGAUCCAUCACUUGCUAUGCGAAGUUGGACGGGCACAUCCCCAAGCACUCGUGUAUCCAUUGACUGUCUCUAUCAAAUCAGAAGACAGAGAUCGCUCUAGAGCUGCGAAGGAUAUUAUGACUGCCAUGGAGCAACACAGUCCCAACCUCUGUAGACAGGCAGCUGUUGUCAGUCACGAGUUGAUUCGUAUUGCGGUCCUCUGGCAUGAACAGUGGCACGAGGGUCUCGAAGAAGCGUCCAGACUGUACUUCGGUGAUCACGACAUUGAUGGCAUGCUUCGUACUCUCGAACCACUGCAUCGCAUGCUUGACGAGGGACCUGAAACUCUGCGUGAAAUAUCAUUUAUCCAGAGUUUCGGACGUGACCUCGCUGAAGCCAGAGAUUGGUGCAACAACUUCAAGCGCACAAAUGAAGUUGGCGACCUCAACCAAGCAUGGGAUCUCUACUAUGGCGUUUUCAAGAGAAUUGCUAGACAACUGCCACAGCUCGCCAACCUCGAAUUGCAGUAUGUCUCGCCGAAGCUCAAGAACGUUCAUGACCUUGAGCUUGCUCUUCCUGGUACCUAUAAGAGUGGCAAGGAGAUUAUUCGCAUUCUCUCGUUCGAUCCUUCAUCAACAGUCAUUCAAUCCAAGCAGCGACCAAGGAAGCUUACAGUCACUGGCAGUGACGGCGGUACUUACCAAUACGUACUCAAGGGUCACGAAGAUAUUCGCCAAGAUGAACGUGUCAUGCAACUCUUCGGUCUUGUCAACACACUGCUUUCACACGACCCUGAGUCCCUGAAGCGCCACCUCAACAUCCAGCGUUACGCAGCCAUUCCUCUCUCCACGCAGUCUGGUUUGCUUGGAUGGGUACCCAACAGUGACACCUUGCAUGUUCUCAUUCGGGACUACCGUGAGAGUCGUAAGAUCCUUCUCAACAUCGAACACCGUAUCAUGCUCCAGAUGGCACCCGAUUACGACAACCUUACACUCAUGCAGAAGGUGGAAGUGUUUGGCUAUGCGCUGGACAACACUACUGGUCAAGAUCUGUACCGCGUCUUGUGGUUGAAGAGUAAGAGUUCAGAAGCCUGGCUCGAGCGUCGCACGAACUACACACGCUCUCUUGCAGUCAUGUCGAUGGUCGGUUACAUCCUAGGUCUGGGUGAUCGUCACCCCUCGAACUUGAUGCUUGACCGCAAUACCGGCAAGAUCAUUCAUAUCGAUUUUGGUGACUGUUUUGAAGUUGCCAUGCAUCGCGAGAAAUAUCCUGAACGCGUUCCAUUCCGUCUCACACGUAUGCUUACCUUCGCCAUGGAAGUCUCAAACAUCGAAGGUAGCUUCCGCACCACUUGUGAGCAUACCAUGCGUGUGCUCCGUGAGAACAAGGAAUCACUCAUUGCUGUACUCGAGGCCUUCAUCCACGAUCCUCUACUCACUUGGCGUCUGGGCAACAANAACUCACCUCCUGAGCCAUCGUUCCCAUCUGAACGCCGCACAUCAAUCAUCGGCGACUUGGAUGCUGCACCUCGUAGUACACCAGGUGGACGCAAGCGGGCACCACCCGGUGCAGAAAACGUUCCUGGCGAAGGCAAAGAAGUUCAAAACGCCAGAGCGCUGCAAGUCCUUGCUCGCGUCAAGGAAAAGCUCACAGGUAGAGACUUUAAGAAGGAUGUCGAAUUGGCUGUCGAAGAGCAAGUCGAGAAGUUAUUGUCCGAAGCAACAAAUCUCGAAAACUUGUGUCAGCAUUACGGUGGUUGGUGCAGUUUCUGG